UAUCCAACCAAGUGGAAUAAUUUGUAUUAAAAAUUUGAAAUUAAAUUGAAGAAGAAAAUACAUACCGUACCAAAACAGUCAAAGCCUCUAGGUUGAAUGAGGACAUGAAGUAUCUCAGUAUUCCGCUGACUGUAUAUACAUCACAGGCGGCGAAGAACAAGCUGAUGUGUCAAUAUCUAUGGUCAAUAUGGCGGAAAAAUGACAUUGUUUUAUAGAAAAUUGAAAAUUUAAUCCAAGUAUUUGUGUUUUAUCCAACAUUUUGCAAUGGUAAGUGUACAUGCUCUCGUUUUGUUCUGUGUUUUUAGUAAAAGGAAUCAAUCUAAUGUGGUAAUAUUUUAUUUCUAGUCAGCAUUGUUCAAUUUUCAAAGCUUGUUGGCUGUCAUAUUGUUGUUGAUUUGUGCGUGUACAUACGUGCGUGGCUUCGCUCCAACACUUCUGGAUAAAAACAAAACUGGGUAUGUAUAUAACGGCCCAUUGCGAUGUGCGAGACAUGUCUAUAUAUGAAUUAUUGUGCUGUGUAACAUUUGUGGUAGCCUGAGCACCAGACCCAGGACUUUUAGGGACGCGAAAGCGGCAGGGCCAUGCCUGGAAAUAAGCGUCAUGGUCAUUGACAAGCACAAUUUUGAUUGUGUCUGUCACUUUGUCCAGUUUGCAUUAUUCAGCAUUUCAAUGCUAAAUUCUUAAUUGGUACUGGUCAUUUUGACAGGCAGGCCCCCAAAAAUUUAUUUCCAGGCUUGAGCAGAGCUGUUGCUAGAUGGGUGUAGGGGCGUAUUCCACCCACCCUCCAAUCGACAGGUGGUAGCCAAAUUAUUGAAUCCAACAAUUUUAGGCAAAGAAGUAUUAAUUAGUUCUAAUACAGUACACCUCCCAAAUAGAAUAGGGGUAGUGACGGGGCUGCAACAUUCUGAAUGGAGUAGAAUUCAGAAUCUACACAGCCUUUUAUUAAAAUUAAGUCAUUGAUUUGAUGCACCAGAAGGUAACAUGGUAUAUCGCUCAAAGGGUUUUUAUAAUAGUUGAAAAUAUAAGUGCAGAACAAUUGUCUCUACAUUUUAUCAUUUUAAAUGUUGUUAUUUUGUAUACAUUUAGGCUUCUUGGUAUAUUUUGGAAAAUGGCAAGAAUUGGUGAGAAUUGGUGAUUGUUUUCUCCAGAAAUUCGCUUGAUUGGGUGCACACACACUUAACAUGCGUCUUAAAACAUAUUUGUACAUGCCUGUUGUCAAACACUUUUUUUUGCCAAUGAAGUAACUAUUUUAAGGACAUGUUAAGUUUAUGUUUAAUGAUUGACUGAUUUUUAAAUAGACAAUAAUGUUAAUGUAUUAUUUAUUAAAUGCUGGCAUUUCUCAACCCUUAGUACAAGAUUACAACAAAUGUGUCCUUGAUUCUUGAUAUAGGAUUCUUGCUCUUACAAUAAAUGUGUCAUUGAUUCUUGCUUGGUGCAUGAAAAAAUCAGUCCAGUUAUUAGUAGCUGACAUUGGUUAUUUAAACCACCAAACCAGUUAUUUGCAGGAAAGUUAGCCAUAAUUGUUUUCUCAAUCAAAAUUGAGGGGGGAAAUAUGUGAAUGGUUGUCAGUUCAGGCAAUUACUGAAAGAUUUGGCAGAAAAAGUUGCCAAUCUCAAAGUAACAUCGACUACAUCACAGACCUGUAGAGGCACACAUUUAAAUAUUGAAGUUUAAUUUAUGCAAAAGCACAAACAUGUGAGAAAUUUUAUUCAAAUAAUGCAAACAAUUUCGACAAUUUUGCCACAUGUCAGAAACCUCUUCUUUAUUUAAUGCAAUUUAUUUUUUUUACUCUAGGAGAAAGAAAGAGUCCAUAUGUUGCCGCUUGCUGUGUAGCUAUGGCAUUUAGUAUCCUGUUCUGGCAAUAAUUAUUAAAUUUCAUAAAAGAGAAUUUAAUAGAUAAUAGAUUUAAUAAUAUACGCUGUGUUUUGUGGAUAUUUGUUCGAGCAAUAUAGCAAUGUUGUGCCACAGAAGAGAGACUAUUCAGAAGCCGUAAAAAACCGUGAUUCGUCAUCCUAGCCAGUGCGCUUUAAUACAAGAGGCAUUCCUGAUAUAUUCAAAAUGGCAGACGUCCAGGAUGGGAAUGUCUUCAACAAACUUCUAUAUGCUAGUACUACCUCAAUGAGGAAAGACUGGUAUUGCCAUGAUACAGAAGUUCUUUAGCGUAGUUAUAUUCCAAGUUUUUUUGGUUUUUAAGAAGUCUAUUAAACAAGGGACAUUAUUUUUUGAGAUUGUACCAAAAAAAUACUAAAUUACUUGAUUUUUUUGAAAUUUUACCAAAACUUUUACCAAAAUUUUAUUUUACCAAAACUUUCCCAAAAAUUACCAAAAGUAAAUUAAUUUACCAAAUCUGGUCACACUGAUGAUUCGUCUCAGCAAGUACCGUAAACAGAUGCACUGAUGCAGUCCCCCCUGGAAAUACUAAAAAUGGCGCACGUCCAGGGGGGUGACUGCUUCUGUUUACGGUACUUGCUGAGUGAGGAAUCAUGACGUAUAGCGCUUACGCAAAAAGCAAUGGAGAUGGACUUCUGUGUAGUAUUCUGUUGUAAUGUUUGAUAACCUCGUAAACACAUACGUAGAUAUAGUCUGCGCCAUAUGGGCUGUACGCUCUGGGCUGUACGCAAGCUAAUCAUUUCCACGGUCUGUUCAGUCACGCAAAUUGACCAGGAAAUAUUAAACGUCAUUGCAGGAAUGUCGUUAAAAAAUGAAUUAAAUCAAAACGUGCGCGUUCCGUAGGCAGAAUUCAACGACAACAAAAUUCAACGUAAUAUUUCGACAUAUCGUUUCAAAGUCAUUGUAAAGCUUGACUAUUUACAAACUAAAUGAUAGUAAAGAAAAAGGAAGAGCUGAUGGAGCAGCACGAAUUUCCAAUCAUUAAGCCUGUUUCCCAUUAUUGGUCGUAAAAAUAGAAUCACGUUCUUUCUCAACGGCCAGUUUAUAAUAGUUUAUACCUGUAAACCACAUAUAAAUCAUGAGUAUUCUCUAGUUAUAAUCACUCCGCGUAUUUUCAGUUCUAAAAUGUUGUGUUUCGGCUGAUGAGAAAAAUCGUGACUCAACGAAAACCAGGCCGUAACAAACAAUCCAGAUUAUUCAUGUGAGCUCCAAAGUACGUCAUGGCUUUCGUGAGCCAUCACCCAAAUGACAUCAAAUUCUUAACAAUGAAUGCUAAAUUCGGAACAAAGUCCUCUUUAAUCCUUAAUUCUUAAAUAACAUUCUUGUGAGUUGUGGUUCCAACUCACAGCAAUAUAUCUCAAGUGCAAGGAUCUGCUAUUUUUAUUUAAUCAGAAACUUGAAGCCAAAAAUAUCAAAUUUCCUUCUUGACAUUGAGUAUAUGAAGUGCAACAUUUUAAAAAUAUCAGUGACAUUGGGCGAUCGAUUGUGCCACAGCCAACGAAUCCGUAAAUUUGACCGAACUGAUUGAAACGUUUUAAAGUUUAAGUCAAGUUCCACUGAGUCUGAGCUGCCUGCUGGUUCUGCCGGCUGAAACAACUCCAUAAAUUGACGGAAAGAUUCAAGCAAAAGCGAUUUCACAUUCCCGCUAUAGCUAUGCCUAGAGUAGACCAUAUAUGAAAGACAUAGAAAGAGCAAAAUUUCAUAAGCUUAUCAACAUUAAACAUAAAAUUCCAACAGUGUACAAAAGGUACUGUAUAUAUAAAGCAAUAUACUGUAAAUAAGUCGUGGCAAAUUAAAUUCAUUUCCUAAAGAGUCUAGUGCUAUUACUGAUAUUAUUCGAUGACGUUAUAAUCCGUAUUAAGACU